AUGAGGAGGACCGCUAGCAAAGCAAAGAAGCAAAGCAAGUUGAUGUACAUUAUUUGUGCACCCAUUAGAACUCUGACCAAGGCCAGGAACUUUUACAUGAGGGGGCUUGAGGAUUAUGCCGGCAAGGUGGGUUAUGGUGGUGGUGUGAGUGGCUACACUGCCUCACAAGUUCCACGCUUGCCCAAGAGCUUCAGUGUCAAUUCCUCGAGCUCUAGCGACAAUGAGGACGUGAGGCAGCUUCUCAGGACGGCGUCUUCAAGGAAGAGCAAUGCAGAGAAAGAAAGCACUGUUAAGUCAGAAGGUAAUUCAGAUAUGCAUAGAAGACCAAUUGUUAGACAAGCAGCUCAACCCAUUGGUAGACAACAAACUAUGAAUGGGAUGGGGAUGAGGAGUUACAGUGUUGGGUUGAAGAUGGAAAGAAUUGAUGAGGAGAUGGCUUGUUCUUUUGAGGAGGAUGAAGCGAAUGUGAAGGCUGAUUUCUAUCCAAGAAGUAGAAGUUAUGCUGUCAACAGACGAAGUGGUGGGUUUGCUUAA